AUGGUUAGAAAGCAGAAAAAUGGACAUGCUAAAGCGAUAAUACGACAAAAAAAGGAUGACAUCGAAAUAUCUCAAGUUGGAGAUAUGUUUAAAUAUUUCGAACCAACAAUCAUACAGCACACAAGGGACAAUGAAAGCGAUGAAGACGAGGCAAAUAAUAUUGAUAGUGAUGAGGAGUAUGAAAAUUUGGUCAAUAAUAUGUUAGAAGAGGAUGAUUUAUUGAAUGACAGAGAAGAUGAUGAAAAUGUCCAGGAAGAGGCAAGUGAAAAAGAACAGGAACUAGAUGACGGUGAAAAUGAGAUUAUGCAAGAUGAGGUACAAAAUGAAGAAUACGGACCAGUAAAUAUUCAUGAUCCAGGGAAUUGGAAUAAUAUUAAAAUUAACCAGUAUCUGAGAGAUUGCUUAGUAGAAAAUGGACCCGUAAGAAGAAACAACGUUGAUUUUAUUUUUCCUAAAGAUGUCGAAAAGAGAAACUUUGAUUAUGACCACUACUCAAGAUAUCUGAGCAAUGGGGAAACUGAAGACAGAAAAUGGCUAGUGUAUUCAAAUGUUUCGGAUCGUGUGUUCUGUUUUUGUUGCAAAUUUUUCAAGCAAGGUGGGUGUAAUAUGCAGCUGGAUACGAAUGGUAGUAAAGAUUGGCAUAAUAUGAGUGCUAAGCUUUCACGUCAUGAAACCUCCACUGUGCACUUAAAUGCCAUGAAUAAAUGGAAAGAACUUGAAAUCAGACUUUCCAAGAAUGAAACUAUUGAUAAGGUGGACGACUCAACGGGAAGAGGACUUUUUAAUAAACUUGAAGAACUCUUGCAGAACCUAAACCUUGAUAUUAGGAACAUUAGAGGGCGAGGGUACGAUAAUGGAGCUAAUAUGACCGGAAAAAAUAAAGGGGUACAAAAGAGACUACUGAAGACAAGGGGUACUGCUUACUCUAUAUUGACCCGAGAGAUUGAUAAUUUUGAGCUUAUACUUGGUAUGGUUGUUUGGCAUAGAGCACUUCUUGCGGUUAACUCUGUGAGCAUUAAACUUCAAACCGAAGAUAUGUAUCUUGAUGAUGUUGUUACUAAAUUAAAAGAUCUUGUUUCUUUCUUUAAGGAAUACAGAAAGGAUGGAUUUGAGGAGGCAUUGGAAGAAGCUAAAACACCUGCAGCAUUUUUGAAUAUAGAGCAUGUUUUCUAUGAGGUACAAGUAAGAAAAGAAAGAAGCAAUUUGAUGAAAUAG